CAACUCUGACAUAAGCUGCCCCAGAGUCAGCAAUAGGGGGGGGGCAACUGCGUACAGGCUGGGCAUACGUGUGACUGUGUGUGUGAGAGUGAGAGGGAGAGUCCACAAGUCAGCUCAGUGGUUCAUCUCUUUCUCCCACUUCCUCACUCUCCCUCUGUGCCUUUUGUUCCCGCCCCUCACUUUCUCCCUGCUAGCCUGGAUAGAGGGAGCUGACACUGUACCUGCCUGCUGUGGACUGGAUAUGGCGUAGAGACACCCUGGCACUAAACUAACUGGAUGUUCACCCUACGAACUGAUGGAAUCACGGCGUCGGGACCUACCGUAGACAAAGACCGACGGGACAGCUUUUUUUCAAGAGUGUCAGAGUCCUCGGUGUCUGCGCCCCUGGGGUCAGUCCCCAUGGACCUGCGUGUGACGGAGCGUGUGAUGCGGCCGGGUUCGGACACAGCCCUGCUGACGCCCCUGCACCCCCCGCUGCUCCUCAGCCCCUUCUCCCCCCAGCCCUGCACCCCUUUCUCGCAGCAGCAGCUGCACCAGCACAUACGGUUCAACAUGGAACAACGGAGACGUGAGCAGGAGCAGGAGAAACAGCAAGAGCUGCAGCAGCUGUGGCACAAGGACAAGAGCCAACAGAGUGCCGUGGCCAGUUCCCUGGUGAAGCAGAAGCUCCAGGAGGUGAUUCUGAAGAAGCAGAAACAACAAGCCCUGGGAAGAACCAGCUCCAACCCUCUCAGUGGUCCCCCUGUGGGCUACAGGGAGCUGGUUCCAGACCCCAGUGGGCCGCCCCAGCCUCUAGUGUCCUCCCCCGCACAGGGUUCCAGCGACGGCUCAGAUGACACUCCUCUACGCAGGGCAGCCUCAGAGCCCAACCUGAAGGUGAAACACAAGCUGAAGAAACACCUGAACACUCGUAAGAGUCCUCUGACACGCAAGGAGAGUGCCCCGUCCCCCAUCAAACACCGGGUGCCCGACACUCUGGACUCGUCCCCCAGCAGCAGUAGCACACCAGUGUCUGGCUGCAGCUCGCCUAACGACAGUCUACCCAAUGAGAACGGAGUGCUGCAAUCUGUUGGCGGGCUGUCCCAUGAGGCCCAGAGACUGCUGCUCCAGGAUGGGUCUCUAGCCCACUUCACCGUCCAGAGUUCCUCUGUCCUACCCACCAUCACCCUGGGCCUGCCAGCCAACGCCAGGAGUGAUGGAGACUUGUCCCGUCUGAAGGUGGGCCGGGUGCCUAUGGUGGCGGGAGGCCAGUCUGUCUACCUUCCCCUGGGGACGGAGGAGCAGAGUGGGUCGCUGUCCCCUCACUUCCAGCCUGUCCUCAUCCUGGAGCCCUCCGGACUGGUGCACGCCCCAAUGCUCGCUGUUCCAGGCCUGGGCCCUGUUCCUCUGCAGUUUUCCCCCCAGACGGAUCAUCUGGCCCCGGAAGGGGGCCCUCACAAGCCUCUGAGCCGGACUCGCUCAGAGCCCCUGCCGCAGAGCCCCAGAUCCCUUCACCCCCAUCUGCUGCAGCAGCACCACAACAGCCAACUAUUGGAGAGACUUAAACAGCAGACACAUCUGGGAAAGCUGCUGUCUAAGACCAGUGAGAAGCCUCGUCUCAAACAGAUCCCCUCAGAAGACAUGGACUCUGAGGAGGUGGGGCCAGCGCCCAGCGACAUCUAUCAGGGCAGAGCAAGGGCGGAGUCACUGAGGGAGGCGGAGCUCGUGUCUGCGGCAGACAGCCGGGGAGGGCAGAUCAACCUGAAACACACACUCAUACUCAACCAGUCGUUGCUAUGGGAGAAACAGAAACAGCUGCAGCAGCUGCGUCGCCAGACAGCCCACAUGGAGACACUGGCGGUACCCAUUAUGCUUGGCGGUGCCCACCGCCCCCUCUCCCGUACCCAGUCCUCGCCAGCCUCCACAUCCCUCACGUUGCCAGACAUACCCCUACCCCUGUCCACCCCAGAACCACAGAGCAAACCACGCUUCACCACCGGUCUGGUUUAUGACUCGCAGAUGCUGAAGCACCAGUGCACAUGUGGUGACAACAGCAGCCACCCAGAGCAUGCUGGGAGGAUCCAGAGUAUCUGGUCACGUCUCCAGGAGAGAGGUCUCAGGGGCCAGUGUGAGACUAUCCGAGGUAGGAAGGCCACUCUGGAGGAGCUGCAGUCGGUCCAUUCAGAGCGUCAUGUCCUUCUGUAUGGCACCAACCCUCUCAACCGCCUCAAACUGGACAACCGCAAGCUGGCCGGCAUUCUCUCUCAAAGGAUGUUUGUGAUGCUGCCAUGUGGAGGAGUAGGGGUGGAUAAUGACACAAUCUGGAACGAGUCUCAUACAUCCACGGCAUCGCGCAUGGCUGCAGGCAGCGUCACAGAGCUGGCCUUCAGAGUGGCCAAACGAGAACUCAAGAAUGGCUUUGCAGUGGUGAGACCCCCAGGCCACCAUGCUGACCCCUCCAACCCAAUGGGUUUCUGCUAUUUCAACUCAGUGGCCAUUGCAGCCAAACAGCUACAACACAAACUGAGUGCCAACAAGAUCCUCAUCGUUGACUGGGAUGUUCACCAUGGUAAUGGGACCCAGGAAGUGUUUUACAAUGAUCCCAGUGUGCUGUAUAUCUCACUGCAUCGUUAUGACGACGGCAACUUCUUCCCUGGCAGCGGCGGGCCGGCUGAGGUGGGAUCUGGUGCUGGAGAGGGCUUCAAUGUCAAUGUGGCCUGGACUGGAGGUCUGGACCCCCCUAUGAGUGAUGCUGAGUACAUCACUGCUUUUAGGACGGUGGUGAUGCCCAUAGCUCAGGAGUUCUCCCCUGACGUGGUCCUGGUCUCCUCGGGGUUCGAUGCAGCAGAGGGACACCCUGCACCUCUAGGGGGUUACAAGGUCACCGCCAAAUGUUUUGGGUUCCUUACCCGGCAGCUGAUGGGUCUAGCUGGAGGCCGGGUGAUCAUGGCUCUGGAGGGAGGUCACGACCUCACGGCCAUCUGUGACGCCUCUGAGGCCUGCGUCAGUGCUCUGCUGGGUAUUGAGGAGCCUCUGUCAGAGGAGGUGCUGCUGCAGAAGCCCAAUGCUAACAGUGUUCACUCGCUACUGAGAGUCAUACAGAUACAUGGUCAGUAUUGGCAGUCCCUGAAGCUGUUCAGUAGCUCUGUGGGACUGUCCUACCUGGGUGCUCAGAGGAGAGACUGUGAGGAGACUGAUGCUGUCAAUGCUCUGGCCUCUCUGUCUGUGGGGGUCCUGACCAGUAGGAGCCACCCAGACGAGCCUAUGGAGCAAGAUGAGGACUCCAUGUAGAAGAUGCUGACCUUUGACCUCACAGACCUCUCCUUCAGGACAUCCCAAUAGCCUUGGAGAUUCUUCCCUGUCACAAGGACGAGGGGGAGGAGUGUAGAUUGUGGAUCUCUGCCUUAACCAAUGAGGCCCUAAAACCACACAGUGCCUCAAAGACCACCGUCCAUUCUCCUCAGACUAUAUGCAGAGCACCUUAACACAGUGAAGAAUGAACUCAACACAUUGGAACUAAUGUAGCCUUCUGACACCACACCAAAGUCCUGUCAGUGUAUAUGUGAGAUAGAAGAUGUUCUCAUACAACUGAUUAUGAAACUAACUCUGUCCAUGAUCUAGCCCCAGCAAUACAGAGUCAUUUAUAUUGUGUCUAUUCAGAAGGAUACCAGCCCGGUGCCGUGAUAUUGACCACUUUUUGGCCUUUCAAAAAAAAAAAAAACAGUACAGACAUAAUAGGUCUUACUGAGGCACUUACAGUAAAGCAAUACUAGCACCAGGUCUGUGGGUGUCUGUUGUUGUGUCAGUGAGCAGAGCAGACACCAGUCAGUGGCUCUGAGGAUGGCCCUGGAGAGAGAGAGACCGAGACCGGCCAGCACCUGGCAACUGCUGAAUGGCUCAGUCAAUCCUUGAUGAUGUCAUUUAUAUUCAGUUUAACCACUAAAGAAGAAAAUGAAGAUGUGGUUUUAUCUGUCGUUUUUGCACUGUGCAUUCCAUAAUGUGAACCGUUGAAAAUUCCAAACCUCGGGGGGGGGGGGGGCUCUAGAUUAUUUAAUUAUCUGUUCAACUUUGAGGAUUGGAAGAUAUUUUUCUCCUCUGAAAUCCACUCAUAUUCUAAGAAGACUCAUGCAUGUAUACACAAAUUAGUAUUUCUAAGUGCAUUUGCAAAAACUUCCUGUUUGCCCAGAUUGUAUUCUGAUUAUUCCACUGCUGUUCUUAGACAAGUGUCUUUAUACAUUGUUCACAUGGACACAUGUCUUUAUACAUUGUUCACAUGGACACAUGUCUUUAUACAUUGUUUGAAUGGACACACACACACACACAGUCAGAAAUGCAUUUCAUUCUCACACUAUUUCCCUUUAUGUUUUACUGACAUGAUGAGGACCAAACUGAAACAAAUAAACCAAUGAAUCUUAUGAAGAGCUGAAGACCUACCACUGUUUGGGAGGAAAUACUAAAUGUAUGUUAAUGAGGGCUAUUGUAUAGUUUUAUUAUGCUAGUCAAAGGCUCUAAUGCACUUAAUGGACAUCUCCCAAAGAAAACUGUCUUAAAUAUGUCUGCAGUAUGACCGUAUUACUGCAGUUGGACCAGUGAGGUUACUGUGUUAAGUUGAUGUUUGUUUUUUCAGGACCAGCAUUUUGACCUGUAGACAUGCCUAUUUUAUUGUGUACAUUAAUUUCACAGUUCAGUUGCCUUGUUAUUAUCCACAAGCAAGUCGAGCUCAAUACGGUUGGUUAUAUCAAGUAGAGCUCAAUACGGUUGGUUAUAUCAAGUAGAGCUCAAUACGGUUGGUUAUAUCAAGUCGAGCUCAAUACGGUUGGUUAUAUUAAGUAGAGCUCAAUACGGUUGGUUAUAUCAAGUAGAGCUCAAUACGAUUGGUUAUAUCAAGUAGAGCUCAAUACGGUUGGUUAUAUCAAGUAGAGCUCAAUACGGUUUGGUUAUGUCAUGUAGAGCUCAAUACGGUUGGUUAUAUCAAGUGGAGCUCAAUACGGUUGGUUAUAUCAAGUAGAGCUCAAUACGGUUGGUUAUAUCAAGUAGAGCUCAAUACGGUUGGUUUUUUCAAGUAGAGCUCAAUACGGUUGGUUAUAUCAUGUAGAGCUCAAUACGGUUGGUUAUAACAAGUAGAGCUCAAUACAGUUGCUUAUAUCAAGUAGAGCUCAAUACGGUUGGUUAUAUCAUGUAGAGCUCAAUACGGUUGGUUAUAACAAGUAGAGCUCAAUACGGUUGGUUAUAUCAAGUAGAGCUCAAUACGGUUGGUUAUGUCAUGUAGAGCUCAAUACGGUUGGUUAUAUCAAGUGGAGCUCAAUACGGUUGGUUAUAUCAAGUAGAGCUCAAUACGGUUGGUUUUUUCAAGUAGAGCUCAAUACGGUUGGUUAUAUCAUGUAGAGCUCAAUACGUUUGGUUAUAACAAGUAGAGCUCCAUACGGUUGCUUAUAUCAAGUAGAGCUCAAUACGGUUGGUUAUAUCAUGUAGAGCUCAAUACGGUUGGUUAUAACAAGUAGAGCUCAAUACGGUUGCUUAUCAAGUAGAGCUCAAUACGGUUGGUUAUAACAAGUAGAGCUCAAUACGGUUGCUUAUAUCAAGUAGAGCUCAAUAUGGUUGGUUUUAUCAAGUAGAGCUCAUACGGUUGGUUAUAUCAAGUAGAGCUGAAUACGGUUGGUUUGGUGUGUUACUCUAUGUGAAAACCUUCUUUAUGGACCAUCCAACAGACUAUUACUGUUAGCACUAUGGAGAUGUUGCUUUAUGAUGGUGCAUACUUCUCCUAUAGACCUUGUGGAGAGAGUCCAUCUCCACUCGAAUGUAUGAUACAGUACUUGAUAUCAUGCUGAUUAUUCAUUUUCAGAUAUACUGUACCUAUACCCAUCCACGCUAAGCCUGCUCCAAACUGAAACUAGUUUGUGAGAAUUCCUCAAGCCUAUUUUGUAUGUUCAUGAAUUGACAUCCAACGUAGAUAGUUUUUGUUGUGAGUUGAAAUGUUUACCACAUUCCACUUUCCACAGUUCCAUUUUCUAGAUGUUAUGUAGUUUGUCUUAAUGAGCAUUUCAUCUAGAUUGCGCUCAUUGUUGGAAGCUAUUCGGUGAAUGAAAAGAAACUGGCCACCAUCAAAUUCAGAAGACAUAGUUAUGAAAUGUGUUUUAAGAUUCACAAUAUUAUUUUGUAUAUGACCCCAUACCUCUGGAGUGUGGCUAAAUGUUUAAAUGUAUCAUACGCUCUCUAUUACUGUGUAUUAUUGUGUUUUCCAUGUUGAAGAAGUCAUACUCUUUUUUUAUACAAAAUCAAAGAGAAGAGUGAGAGAGAGCAUCCACUUCUGUCUAAAACAAUAUUUACAAGGCAUCUUUUGAAAGGAACAUGCUCUCUGUGCUGGUGCUCCGACUGGUGAUACACAUCAACGUUGUCUUAACUAGACAUUCUUCUCUAACCUCAGCUGCAUCCUCACCCCUAGUUGGCAUUGAGAGAGGGAGAAUGGUAACCAUGCUAACAAGUCUUUUAGCCCUUUCCUCUUAUACUCUGUACCAACCACUGUGGAUAGCUAUGUGUGUCUAGGAGACCAUGUAUGUGCAAGAAAGUAAUAACUAUUGCCAGUUUUCACUGUGCAUUAUUAAUUAUUGUUUGUACUAGUUAUAUGUUUUGUUUUCAAGACUCUGGGCAAUGUUUGCCCAUAAGGUCGCCACAAAGACUAUAAAAUUAAAAUUAAAUAGAAGCAGCCACCAUCAUUCAAACGCUCUUAGAACUGACAGUGACUGUGUUGUGUCUGUCUCUUAGAACUGACAGUGACUGUGUUGUGUCUGUCUCUUAGAACUGACAGUGACUGUGUUGUCUGUCUCUUAGAACUGACAGUGACUGUGUUGUCUGUCUCUUAGAACUGACAGUGACUGUGUUGUGUCUGUCUCUUAGAACUGACAGUGACUGUGUUGUCUGUCUCUUAGAACUGACAGUGACUGUGUUGUGUCUGUCUCUUAGAACUGACAGUGACUGUGUUGUGUCUGUCUCUUAGAACUGACAGUGACUGUGUUGUGUCUGUCUCUUAGAACUGACAGUGACUGUGUUGUCUGUCUCUUAGAACUGACAGUGACUGUGUUGUGUCUGUCUCUUAGAACUGACAGUGACUGUGUUGUGUCUGUCUCUUAGAACUGACAGUGACUGUGUUGUCUGUCUCUUAGAACUGACAGUGACUGUGUUGUGUCUGUCUCUUAGAACUGACAGUGACUGUGUUGUGUCUGUCUCUUAGAACUGACAGUGACUGUGUUGUCUGUCUCUUAGAACUGACAGUGACUGUGUUGUCUGUCUCUUAGAACUGACAGUGACUGUGUUGUGUCUGUCUCUUAGAACUGACAGUGACUGUGUUGUCUGUCUCUUAGAACUGACAGUGACUGUGUUGUCUGUCUCUUAGAACUGACAGUGACUGUGUUGUCUGUCUCUUAGAACUGACAGUGACUGUGUUGUGUCUGUCUCUUAGAACUGACAGUGACUGUGUUGUGUCUGUCUCUUAGAACUGACAGUGACUGUGUUGUGUCUGUCUCUUAGAACUGACAGUGACUGUGUUGUCUGUCUCUUAGAACUGACAGUGACUGUGUUGUGUCUGUCUCGUAGUGCACCAGUGGGUAUCUGUUGUCUAUGAAGGGUUUAACUCUGUUAGAGUUAAAGUGUUUUGAAUACUGUACAUUAGCUCUCCUGUAAAGUUUUCCAGGGGUCUAUGGGCCACGCUCAUUUUGUCUUAGUGGCCAGUGGGCCAUUCCUCUCCAUUUCUUUUUAUGUUGUCCUUUUUAUGAUCUACUUCUUGUCCUUUUUAUGAUCUACUUGCUAAAGUCACUGUAAAUAGAUACUCAAGACCAAAAUGCAUCACACAUGUGCCUUGAAUCAUGUAUUGGUAGCCUUCACUAACAAGUUUAGAAUAACAAAAAAUGACAUUGAAUCUUUUUUCAUACUUUUAUUUCACCUUGUUUGUUUCCUCCAUAUUUCCUAUGUAUGUAUAGAAAGAAUGUCUAUUUUGUACUGUUUUUCUCUUAAUUAAAAUUGAAAAUGUUGUGUGUGUG